GCUUUGCAUGAGUCAGUUCAACUGCCAUAACCGUUCAAAACUUGAUUUUACCGCCAAAAUCGUUCUCCGAAUCGAUCAUUCUCUCUCUGGUUGUGAAGGAGAUGGAGGAGUACUUACUGUGCAUGAAGACUUUGCGCUCUCAAAUGAACGAUGUGGAGGAUCAAGCGGCUAAGAUCUCAGUAGAAGAGGAAACGCAACUCACCAACGUUCGCACGAUGGAAAAAGAUAUCGAAUCAGUGAAAUCGGAAGUUAAAAGAACGAAGGAAGAUACUGAACAAAUGAAGAAAGUGAUGGGUGAGCUAUGCUCUAAGAUAUUGGAGAAUCAGAAAAAGAUUGCCUCUUCGGAAUCUGAUAUCUCCAAGCUUACACAGACCCUGGAACUUAUUCAUCAAGAGAAAGUUGGGUUGUCUGCCAAACUUUCAGAGAAGAGAGCCUACUAUACCAAGGUUGAGGAGGACUUGAGCGCCAAAUUGCAGAAGCAACAGGAGUGGCACAGAACUAAGAUGACUAGUAGAAAAUUGAAAGAGCACGAGAUCAAGGAAAAAGUUGAUUUACAGAAAAGUAAAACCAAAGGGAAGGCUGCAGCCGAUGGUAACUGUAUCAUGGACAACCUGGGGAGUGAUGCAAGGAAGAGCAUAAUCACUAAACUGGAUUCAGCUAAAGGAAGGCUUAAUGAAAUUCUUAAUCUAAAAUCCAAGAUGCUUAUGGAGAACAACAAGAUAAAACUCGCUAUUGAGGAUCUGAAAUGCAAGACAAAUGAUUUUAAGCUAGAGCUAAAAGCUGCAGAUAUAACGGUUCUUCAAGAAGAAUAUAACGCACUUAUGUCUGACAAAGCUGGAGAAAUAGAGUACUUGCAGUCUCUGGGGAAACAAGUUGACAAACUCAAGGAGAUCCAUCAUGUGGUAAAAUGUGCCUGUGGGGAGGAAUUUACUGUGGCAGUGAACAUGUAAUUUUCCAGAGAGAACACCGAUAUCAAGACACCGCAUAUUCCGUUCAUAUUGAUCUUGAUCAAAUAAUAUUAUACCAUUAAAAAAUAGCAAACAUUUAAGUUCUGCAGUAGAUGUUGUUUGGUUAAUUGGAACCGAGUAUCUUAGAAUAUGAUCAUUCUAGAGGUAAAUAAUAUACUAGUGUUUCAUGUAAUGGAUCUGGGAACCGGUGUAUUAUAUUAUUACUCAUACCUCAUUCAACUUAAGCUGCUUCAUCAUUGGAUUGUC